AUGAUGGUCCAGUACAGCGACCGCAACACUGCAGACGCUGCACCGAUCCGGAACGGACAGCCCUUAACAGACAGCCCCAGACCCCAUACUCCCGAAGCACCCCCCACAGGACGCCAUGAGGGACACGGUCGAACGCCUUCUCCAGAUCCACAAAACACAUGUGGACUAGUUGGGCGAACUCCCAAGAGCCCUCAAGCACCUGAUGGAGGGUCGUCCAGUCGAGCUCCCAUUAUGUGCGCUUUCGUAUCAGCAGCAGUAGCAGUUGGUGGCGCUGUUGCUGGAGUCCUUCCAACACAUCGUCAGUGCACCAUUGAGAUUAAAAAUGAAUCCUCUCACUACAGCCUGUCUGAACCCAGUGUUCAUGUCGUCAGUGGUCACUAUGCUGAGCCUUUGGUAGCUCAUCUUGGUCCAUCUUCAUCUGGGACUGCACUGUUCACCAAGACCCCCCACUGUGCUCGAGGAGCCGUUGGAGUCUUCACUUACAACCUCUGCAAUGAACAAAAAAAACGGACCACUGGGAAGAUGGCUGUCAUGUUCUCCAUUCCCUACGACUUCAACCUGUACUCAAACUGGUACGCUGUGGGAAUCUUCAACAAUAGCACAGAGUGCAAUUAUGACCUUUAUUAUCAGAUGUACAACGCCUCCAAAAAGUGCCUGUUUGUCAGGGAAAAAGCCAGUGGUCCCAGUCUCAAAUUCAAGAAAGAUCAAGUUACCAUCCUGGCUACAAUGUCAGAUACUUACACACCGGUCAUUAAAGUGCAAGUGAAAGACAACUAGAAAGAUGGAAUUCAGCAGUGCUAAAAUGUUUAAUGGCAACUUGAUUUUUGACAAUAUUCUGCUCUGUCUCUUUUUGAAUUUGUACAAAAUUCUGUCAAAUGUAACCUUGAACAUGAAGAAUCAGUAUCUGUUUGGCUCAAUAUGAUCCCUCAUUUGCUUUUGUUUUACAGAAACAGCAAUAUGACAUAAGAAUGUGGAGGCACAACAUGCUAAAAACAUAUGAUGGCACAUGCAUUGCAUUGAGCAUCACCUAUUCUGGAAACAUAAUGAACAUGAAAAGUCA